UUUUGAGAUGAAAACCCUUUCCUCUCAACUAAUUACGCCUUUUUUGGCUGAAUAAAAUCACCCCGGCCUCUGUAUUUUUUAUUUGUUCUUGGAUUUUCUUGAUCGAAAAUGGCCGGAAAUGAGUGGAUUAACGGGUACCUUGAGGCGAUACUCGACAGCGGCGCAUCAGCGAUUGAGGUGGAAAACAAGCCGUCUCCGGUUAACCUCGGGGAAAGGGCGAUUUUCGAUCCGACCAAGUACUUCGUGGAGGAGGUUGUGACAGGGGUGGAUGAGACCGACCUUUACCGGACAUGGAUCAAGGUGGUGGCUACCAGGAACACAUUGGAGCGCAGCGCUCGGCUCGAGAACAUGUGCUGGCGAAUCUGGCACCUCACUCGUAAGAAGAAGAGGUUGGAAUUGGAAGACAUCCAAAGGUUAGCAACUAGGAGAUGGGAACGGGAACAAGGACAUAAAGAUGUCAAAGAGGAUGACAUGUCUGAAGACUUGUCAGAAGGAUCAGAUGUAUGUGGCGGGGAGACAACUACAUUUGAUAGUCCUAGAAAGAAGAUCCAACGAAACUUGUCCACUUUGGAAGCAUUAUCUGACUCUAGUAAGGAAAAGAAGUUGUAUAUUGUUCUCAUAAGUUUGCAUGGUUUAGUUCGUGGUGAAAAUAUGGAGCUUGGCCGUGAUUCUGACACUGGUGGUCAGAUUAAAUACGUAGUGGAACUUGCCAAGUCACUUGCCAAAAUGCCUGAAGUAUAUAGGGUGGAUUUGUUAACCCGUCAAGUUUCCUCACCUGAAGUUGAUUCGAGCUAUGGUGAGCCUGCAGAAAUGUUGAACAUUGGCCGUCCCUCAGAAGAAGAUGGUGGAGGCGAAAGUGGCGGGGCAUAUAUCAUAAGAAUACCGUUCGGUCCUCGCGACAAAUACCUUAGGAAAGAGGUGUUGUGGCCUCACAUUCAGGAGUUUGUGGAUGGAGCUCUAACACACAUCUUGAAUGUGUCCAAGACAUUGGGUGAACAAAUUGGGAAACAGGAACCUAUUUGGCCGUAUGUGAUUCAUGGCCAUUAUGCUGAUGCUGGGGACAGUGCUGCUCUUCUUUCUGGUGCUUUAAAUGUUCCCAUGGUUCUGACUGGACAUUCACUCGGAAGAAACAAGCUUGAGCAGCUUUUGAAACAGGGAAGGCAGUCCAAAGAGGAUAUUAACUCCACUUAUCGAAUAAUGCGGAGGAUUGAGGCAGAAGAGCUUUCUCUUGACGCGGCUGAACUUGUUAUCACGAGCACUAGGCAAGAAAUUGAUGAACAAUGGGGGCUAUAUGAUGGGUUUGAUGUCAAAAUCGAGAAAGUUUUGAGGGCCCGUGCCAGACGUGGAGUCAAUUGUCAUGGUCGUUAUAUGCCUAGGAUGGAGGUUAUUCCUCCUGGAAUGGACUUCAGCAACGUGGUUGUUCAAGAAGAGGCAACUGAAAUGGAUGUUGAACUUUCUUCACUUACUACCUCUGAUGGGUCAUCUCCUAAAGCAAUGCCUUGUAUAUUUUCAGAGGUGAUGCGUUUUCUUGUAAAUCCACACAAGCCAAUGAUUCUAGCAUUGUCAAGGCCAGAUCCAAAGAAGAAUCUAACCACCUUGGUGAAAGCAUUUGGAGAAUGUCGUCCCCUACGAGAGCUCGCUAAUCUCACUCUUAUAAUGGGAAACAGGGAUGAUAUAGAUGAAAUGUCCACUGGCAGUGCCAGUGUGCUCACAACAGUUCUUAAGCUAAUUGACAAGUAUGACCUUUAUGGACAAGUAGCCUUCCCAAAACAUCACAAGCAAAGUGAAGUCCCUGAUAUUUAUCGCCUUGCAGCCAAAACAAAGGGGGUGUUUAUAAACCCAGCUUUCAUUGAGCCUUUCGGACUUACACUGAUUGAGGCUGCAGCACAUGGACUCCCUCUGGUGGCAACUAAAAAUGGCGGCCCGGUUGAUAUUAUUCGGGUACUACAUAAUGGUGUGCUCGUUGACCCUCAUGAUCAUAAAGCAAUUGCUGAUGCCCUUCUAAAGCUAGUAUCAGAAAAGAACUUGUGGAUGGAGUAUCGCAGAAGAGGUUGGAAGAACAUACACCUCUUUUCAUGGCCGGAACAUUGUCGCACAUACUUGACAAGGAUAGCCGCCUGUCGCAUGAGACACCCACAGUGGAAGACAAACACCCUGACAGAGGAGCUGGCUGCAAAAGAGUCAUUGAAUGACUCACUCAAAGAUGUAAAGGACCUGUCCUUGAGAUUAUCAGCUGAUGGUGAGAAAACUGUGUCACUUAAUGAAUAUCUUGAUACGAAAACUGAAGUCGUUGAUACCCAAGAUCUACAAGACCAGGUUGAGCGGGUUCUUACCAAAAUAAAGAAACCAGAUGUUGGAAUCACUCAUCAGAAUCACUAUGAAGGUGAAGGGAAAGACAAUAUUGUCAACAAAUACCCGAUGUUGAGACAACAACAUAAGUUGAUUGUUUUAGCUCUGGACUGUUAUGACUCUAAGGGAAACCCGGAAAUGAAAAUGAUUAGCAUCAUCCAAGAGGUCUUCAAAGCUAUUAACAUUGAUUCAGAGAUGGCAAGAUUACCAGGCCGGUUUGCUAUAUCAACUGCCAUGCCGGUGUCAGAGUUGAUAGAGUUUCUGAAAUCAGGGAAUCUUAAAGUCACUGAUUUUGAUGUCUUAAUUUGUAGUAGUGGCAGUGAAGUUUAUUAUCCCAACGCCAGUAAUGAAGCUGAUGGAAAGCCCAUUCCAGAUCCUGAUUAUGCCACACAUAUUGAAUAUCGAUGGGGUGGUGAUGGUCUAAAGAAAACUCUUUGGAAACUAAUCAGUACAGGAGUUGAAAAUUCUGAAUCACCUACUUAUAUUGAAGAGAGUUUAAAUUCAAGAAGCAAUAUUCAUUGUUUCUCCUACUUGAUAAAGGAUCUGAGUAAGGCAAAGAGAGUAGAUGACAUGAUACAGAAGCUGAGAAUGAGAGGCCUACGUUGCCAUCUGAUGUGCUGCCGGAAUUCAACAAGGAUGCAAGUCAUUCCUCUUCUUGCUUCUCGAGCUCAAGCACUUAGGUACCUGUUUGUACGUUGGAGAGUAAAUGUGGCCAAUAUGUACGUGAUUCUUGGUGAAACUGGAGACACAGACUAUGAAGAAUUGAUAGUCGGGAGCCACAAAACCUUGAUAUUGAAGGGGGCCGUGGAGAAAGGAUCGGAGGAGCUAAUAAGAACAUUAGGAAGUUACAUGCACAGAGAGGACAUAGUUCCACAAGAAAGUUCCUUAGUUUCCCAUAUAAGGGGGGAUGCAAAGGCAGAAGAGAUUGCUAAUGCACUGAGACAACUUUCUAGAUCUACAAUAGCUAUGUGAAAACAUCUCAAUAUGGUGUUUUAAAUGAGCACUAUAUGGACAAUGCUCUAACAAUCUAGCGCAUAUAACUUAUCACAUAAUUGUUGUUGAAUGCUUGACUUGUUUUGAGUUCUUUAAAAGUUAGAAAGCAUGAAAUAUCCUGC